GAGACAGAUAGAGAGAGGGAGCGACUAAUGCGCUGUUUACAAGCUUUACUCCAAAGACGCCUCCACAGCAGUCGCCGCACAAUGCUGCCGGAAGAGAAUGUUACUCCCAUCUGUCCAGUGGAGUCCCUGGAUGCCUUGAAGCUGGCUGAGCAGUGUCUGCAGCUGGGCAAGGUUAUUGCACUGCCCACAGAUACUGUUUACGGUCUGGCCUGUGAUGCCAACAACGAGGAGGCCAUCCAGCAUAUGUACGAGAUCAAGGGCCGGGAUGAACACAAACCUGUGGCCAUUUGUGUCAAUAAUAUUGCUGCGCUGCGUCGCUUUGGUCAUGCCAACCACUUGAGUGACGAGCUGCUAACUCGCUUGCUUCCGGGGCCACUGACCAUCAUCAUUGAGCGUACGCCGCAGCUGAGCAAUCGCUUUCUCAAUCCCAGCACUCGUAAGAUUGGCAUACGCAUUCCGGAUUUCAAAUUUAUACGUGAUCUAUGCGCCACUUGGCAUGAGCAACCGCUGGCCUUGACCAGCGCCAAUCGUUCCAGCGCUCCGAGCAGCCUACAAGUCAGCGAGUUCCAAUCACUUUGGCCUCAACUGGGCGCCGUCUUCAAUGCCGGACGCAUUGGACUCACGGAGGAGCGACGUCUGGCCUCCACUGUGAUUGACCUGGUCACACCCGGACACUACGAGAUUGUCCGCUCCGGAGUGGCACUCAAAGAGACCCUCCAAGUGCUCCAUGAAUUCGGAUAUGCCCCCAAAACAAAGAUUUAAUUAGGACCGUAUUUAAUAAAAUAAUUGUUGAAUAAAAAUUUGCUUAUUUUUAUAAAAAUCACAAGUAAAA